GAAUUUAUUGUUGUUUAUUCUGAUUGGAACUUAUAAAUUUAGAAAAUAUUUAAAGAAAAAUGCCACCGAAAAAAGACGCAAAGGGCGGCGGCAAGGAUGCGGGUAAGGGCGGCAAAAAGCCUGCCGCGGAGGACAAGUCUGCCGGCAAGGAGAAAAAGGGAGGCAAUGCUGUGAAGGUGCGCCACAUCCUCUGCGAGAAGCAGGGCAAGAUCACCGAAGCGAUGGAGAAACUCAAGGCUGGCCAGAAAUUCCCCGAAGUAGCGGCCGCCUACAGCGAGGAUAAGGCGCGUCAGGGCGGCGAUCUUGGUUGGCAAAUUCGCGGAGCAAUGGUUGGUCCCUUCCAAGACGCCGCAUUCGCGCUGCCCAUCUCUACCGUCAACAAUCCUGUGUAUACAGAUCCCCCGAUCAAGACCAAGUUUGGCUACCACAUCAUCAUGGUUGAGGGAAAGAAAUAAGAGAACUGUUUUUAUAAAUUCAA